AUGUGGCCUCGAACACGGCCCCGGCCCCACGCGCCCUGGCGCUGGGCGCUGGCGCUGCUGGUCCUGGGCGGCGCGAGGCUGUGCCACGCCGGCCCUCAACCCAAGCACCCCGCGCAACCCGGAGCCAGGAACAAGAACUGGUGCGCCUACAUCGUGAACAAGAAUGUGAGCUGCUCUGUGCUGGAAGGAAGUGAGAGUUUUAUUCAGGCGCAGUACAACUGUGCCUGGAACCAGAUGCCCUGUCCGUCCGCGCUGGUAUAUCGUGUGAACUACAGACCCAGAUAUGUCACCAAGUACAAGAUGGUGACACAGUUGGAAUGGCGGUGCUGCCCUGGCUUUAGAGGGGCAGACUGCCAAGAAGGUCCCAGAGAUCCCAUGAAGACUCCACGCCUCACACCCACCCGGCCUCGAAACAGCUUAAAGAAACCCACAGACAAUGAACCAAGCCACGUCUCAGAGCCCAAGAAGACUUUGUCACCAACUCGGGCAGCAGAACCAAGUCAGACAGUAGAUCCAAAGCAGGGGCCCCAAGAACUUCAGAGUAAGAAAAUCCAGGUGCUUGAGGAGAAGGUUCUCCAUCUCACAAGAACGGUUCUUGAUCUCCAGUCUUCUAUGGCUGGAGUGAACAAAAAUCUCAAACGUACCAUUCAAGACGAUGCCAGCAAAAUGUUGGCAUCAUGGCUUAGUAACCUGCACCCCCAGCCAGUGCCUGACAGUGCCAUUGGUAGCGAUAGAGAAACAGACCAGCAUCCUGGUGCCAUCAACAAUAAGGAAUCUGGCAUGAAGGACAUCAAGUCCGAAUUGGCCGAAGUCAAAGAUGCUCUGAAGACUAAGAGUGACAAGCUGGAAGAGCUGGAUGGGAAAGUGAAGGGUUAUGAAGGGCAGCUCAAACAGCUCCAGGAGGCUGCCCAAGGCCCAACAGUGACCAUGACAACCAAUGAGCUCUAUCAAGCUUAUGUUGACAGUAAGAUCGAUGCCCUAAAAGAGGAACUCAUAGAAGGAAUGGACAGAAAGCUGGCUGAUCUGAAGAACUCGUGUGAGUACAAGCUGAUUAGUCUCCCACAGCAUUGUGAUGACUAUGGGAGCAGCUACCUAGGAGUGAUUGAGCUUAUAGGAGAAAAAGAAACAAACCUGAGGAAAGAAAUAAAUGACCUUCGCGCCCAGCUACAGGAUCCCUCAGUCCGGUCAAAUUGCUGUGAUGGUGAAAAGAAUGGUGACUUUGGGCAACAGAUACAGACGUUAGACCAGAAAAUUGAAAGAGUUGCCGAAGCCACCAGAAUACUGAAUGGACGAUUGGACAAUGAGUUUGACCGACUCAUCGUUCCAGAGCCAGAUGUAGAUUUUGAUGCAAGAUGGAAUGAACUAGAUGCAAGGAUCAAUGUGACAGAGAAGAAUGCGGAAGAACAUUGCUUUUACAUUGAAGAAACCCUACGGGGGACCAUUAAUGGAGAGGUAGAUGAUUUGAAGCAACUUCUUGAUCAGAAAAUACAGUCUCUGGAAGAGCGUCUGGGGAGCGUUCUCUUAGAGAUGGCGAACAGCACUGAUGCAGAACUCACUCCUCCAGCAUCAGCCCUACCAGGUGUUUCGGGGGCUGGGAAUGAACAGGUUAUGGUGGAAUUAAACCAACUGAAGGACAAAGUUCAAGUUGUCGAGGAUAUUUGCCUACAGAACUUCCAGGGAGAGCUUCAUGGGAUAGAAGAUAUUUUGCCAAAUGGAGAAGACCACACAACGGGUGAUAGUUUGAACCUUUUGAAAUCUCUAAAUGACACGAUGCAUAGGAAGUUUCAAGAAACUGAACGUAGCAUCCAGAAACUUCAGCAAGAUUUUAGCUUUCUUUAUUCUCAACUAAACCACACAGAAGAUGAUAUGAAUCAUCUUCAGAAUGAGCUGAGCAAGUGUAGAGAAGGUAAAAAUGCUGGUGUGGGUGGGUUUUCUAAGGGGGGUGAGCAAGAAAGAAUGGUGGAGUCCCUCCCAUCUCCCCAGGACCCCAUGGCUCAUUGCUGCGGCCAGCUGGAAGAGAGGUGGCAGAAGCUCCAGAGUCAGGUCCUCUCUGAGCUGGAUACUUGUAAGGAAAAUACCCACGGGGUCCAGAGGGAGGUCUCCAUGGUUGAGGACAGGGUGUCUCAGAUGGAAAAAACUUGCAGCAAACUGGACUCCAUCUCAGGAAGUCUUCAGAGGAUCAAGGAAGGGCUCAACAAGCAUGUCAGCAGCCUGUGGAGUUGUGUCAGGCAGAUGAAUGGGACACUCCGGUCACAUUCCAGAGACAUUUCUGGCCUGAAGAAUUCUGUCCAACAGUUUUAUAGCCACGUUUUUCAAAUUUCUACUGACUUGCAAGAUCUGAUCAAAUUUCAACCACCAGCAGCCGAGGAGCCCUCAGAAGCGCCCCCACCGCGAGGGAAGGACCUGCAGACCCCAGAGAAGCCCCCGCAGCCGGCAGAGGCCCCCACAGAGCCAUCUCAUCCAGAGCUGAGCCCUCCAUUGCUGCCCAAGCCCCGUGCAUCCCCGCCCCCUGAGGACCCUGGACAACAGCUGCACAUAGGCCAGCAGCCUGUCCUGCCUAAGAGACCUCUGCAGCCGCUGCCCCCACCCGCAUGGCCCGGCUGGACAGGGCUGCCAUUCUUGCCUGGCUCCACUGGGGUCAUUAUGGAGACUGGAGAGGCUGGGCCUCCAGGGAGGAUGGGCAUGUCGGGCAGGGGCCUGCCCCAGGGGGUGGACGGCCAGACGAGGCAGGUGCCCAUCCCCAGCGCAGAAGGCUUCGCAGGAGCACCAGGAUACCCCAAGUCACCUCCUGCAGCCUCCCCAGGGGUUCCGGUGCCCUCUCUGGUGUCUUUCUCUGCAGGGCUCACCCAGAAGCCUUUCCCCAGCGAUGGGGGCGUUGUCCUCUUUAACAAAGUGCUGGUCAAUGACGGGGACGUGUAUAACCCCAGCACCGGGAUCUUCACGGCUCCAUACGAUGGGCGCUACCUGAUCACAGCCACCCUCACUCCUGAGAGGGACGCGUACGUGGAAGCUGUCCUGUCGGUCUCCAAUGCCAGUGUGGCCCAGCUGCACACCGCCGGCUACAAGAGAGAAUUCCUGGAAUACCACCAGCCCCCAGGGGCUCUGCAUACUUGUGGGGGCCCCGGGGCGUUCCACCUUGUUGUGCAUUUGAAGGCAGGCGACGACGUCAACAUAGUAGUGACUGGGGGCAGGUUGGCUCACACGGACUUCGAUGAAAUGUACUCCACGUUUAGUGGGGUUUUCUUAUAUCCUUCCCUUUCCCACCUCUAGGGCACAGGGGAAAGUGAAGGGGAAAAAGUUGUAAGAACUGGAAAGCUUUAAUAUAUUCAGUUUAUGUACGUUACUGGAGCAAUGGUCUAGUUUUCUGCAGCCAUCCCCACCACCUCCCCCGACAUGAAGGCUUUCCCUGGCUGUGGAGGCCCCCACACCUUCGAGCGCCCCAGCAGGCUGCAAGGAGUGACAUGCACGGUUAACAGGGCCACUGACUUCUGUCACUCUCGACACGCCCCUGCGUGUGAGCUGGGUCCUCCAUCUCCCAGCUCAGGCUCUGCCCCAAUGGGCCUGAGCUGGGCCUCCAUGGUGCCAGACGAGGAGGCUCAAACUGCUGCCCUGUAGGCCUCGGCCAUGGGAUCACGUCCUGCUGACGGAGAAGGAAGAGCUGCAGGAUACAGGUCUGGGAGGAGGCAGCCUGGCCAAAAUUGAUCCCUGUGGCUAGUCUGUGACAGGAGAGCAAACCUGUCACCAACUGUCUUUGUGUUUAUUUAUACUGCAUGCAGGAGAGAAGUUUAAACACUGAAGUGCUGACGUGGCACGUGCUACCACACAGAGACCUGGGGUUCACAGUCUGGACUGUCCCAGGUUUGGUUCACCACGGCUCACCCCGGGCCUCUCCCCAGCUGUGAAUGGAUGCACGAGAGACUAUUUGCACAGCUUACUGGGCUCCUUGAAUGACAUGUACAAUUUAAGUGCAGAGACAGGGAGUGUCAAUAAAGAUGUAAAACCACUAACCCACUUCAAGUUACUUAAAUCUGGUGCUUUAUGGAUUGAGAGUUGUUGCUAAAAAGCAAACUGCAGAAAGGUAAUUGACUUUCUGAUGGCUGUAGAAAGUAAGCUUGAAUAAAUUAUUUUUAACUACAUAAUUUACCCCUCAGCAU